CUGGAAUGCAUCAGCUCCUGUAACUUAUCUGUGCAAAGUCAACACACGACUGGAUGCGCACGAGCAGACUCCAAAAGUUACCAUGCGCAUCUAUUUAUAGCAUCUCAGCGAAAGAUUUGAGUGACUUUUCUUCUACUUUUCUUCUUCUUCGUCUUCGAAGUUUGCUCCUAAACGUUUAUCCAGCAAUACCUGCAAGAAAAAGAGAAGCAGUCCUCUGUCGGGUCUCAGGCGAAUCUCCUGUUCGGGAGACAAGCUUUGACUCCAGACUGCAGAGGUCGACAGGGUUGGGAAACUAGUUUCGGAGACUUUUACUCUCCCGAGUACUGGACUUGUGCACUUGAGAUCGGAUAAUAUGCCGGACAGGAAGAGUAGAGGACGGCUGCUGCAGUUGGCCGUGGCUCUGGUGGCCUUGCUGUCGCUCUGCGCCGAGCUUGGAGACUUUGCAGAAGUGCUGGAGACCGGGGACAGCGAGCUGGUGACCAAGCAGACCGACUCCAGAGCCAGCAGGGCCAAGAGGAGAGGAGGGUCAGACGUCCUCAGAGGACCAAAUGUUUGUGGCUCAAGGAACAACGCCUACUGCUGCCCAGGCUGGAAGACUCUGACUGGAGGGAACCAGUGCAUUGUUCCAAUCUGCCGGAGCACAUGUGGAGACGGAUUUUGCUCCAGACCCAACAUGUGCACCUGCCCAAACGGCCAGAUCUCUUCAUCCUGUGGAUCCAAGUCAGUACAACACUGUAACAUUCGUUGUAUGAACGGGGGAUCGUGUGCUGAAGACCACUGCCUGUGUCAGAAAGGCUACGUGGGAAACCACUGCGGUCAACCGGUUUGUGAAAAUGGCUGUCAGAACGGAGGACGGUGUGUGGCUCCCAACAGAUGUGUGUGUACUUACGGCUUCACCGGGGCUCAGUGUGAGAGAGAUUACCGUACUGGGCCAUGCUUCGCCUCGGUGAAUAACCAGAUGUGUCAAGGCCAGCUCACAGGCAUUGUGUGCACAAAGACUUUGUGCUGCGCCACAGUGGGACGGGCGUGGGGUCACCCCUGUGAGAUGUGCCCUGCUCAGCCUCAGCCCUGUCGGAGAGGGUUCAUACCAAACCACCGCACCGGGGCGUGCCAAGAUGUGGAUGAGUGCCAGGCCAUCCCUGGCAUCUGUCAAGGAGGAAACUGUAUCAACACAGUGGGAUCCUUUGAAUGUAAAUGCCCCGCUGGGCACAAGUUCCACGAGGUCACACAAAAAUGUGAAGAUCUGGAUGAGUGUGCAAACAUUCCUGGUCUCUGUGGCGUAGGUGAAUGCUCUAAUACUGUUGGCAGCUACUUCUGCAAGUGUCCACAGGGAUAUUAUACCUCUGUGGAUGGAUCCAGGUGUAUAGAUGCUCGUGGCGGGUUUUGCUACGCUAGCCUGCUGAAUGGGCGCUGUGCCAACCAAAACUCACAGCCGUUGACUAAAAUGCAGUGCUGUUGUGACAGUGGACGGUGCUGGUCUGAUGGGUCAGCUCCUGAAAUGUGUCCCAUCCGUGGAACAGAGGAGUACCAGAAACUGUGCAUCCAGAUACCUGAUGGCAACGGUGGAGGGUUUGUACCUGGUCGUGUUCCAGGAAGCCCCGACCUACUUCCGUAUCCUGGUCAAGCACCUGGGCCAGGUCCUGGCCAGGUGCCCUUAAUUCCUGGUCAAAUUCCCAUCCCGGGCCAAGGACCUGGUCAGACUCCAGGCCAAUAUCCAGGUCAGUUUCCAGGCCCAUUCCCAGGACAAUAUCCACAUUUUCCAGGACAGCUACCUCUACAGCCUCCAUUGCCAGGUCCCGUUAUCCAAACCCAGAACAUCACCAACAUGUGCCAGGCCUAUCGCAACCUCUGCCUGAAUGGGAGGUGUAUUCCGACGCCAGGCAUUGGAUAUCGCUGUGAGUGCAACAUGGGCUUCAGGUUGGAUUCGCGAGGAGAAUGCUUAGAUGACGACGAAUGUGAGCGAAACCCUUGUGCACAUGGAGAGUGUGUGAACACGCCCGGGUCUUACAUCUGUCAGUGCCCCGCUGGAUUCCAGACAACAGCAACCAGAACAGAGUGCCGAGAUCUGGAUGAGUGUGUGGCCAACGGUCGAAUCUGCAACAACGGCCGCUGUGUAAACACAGUGGGAAGCUUCCACUGUGUCUGCAAUGCUGGCUUUGAGAUUUCAUCAGAUGGCAAGAACUGUCAAGACCAGGACGAGUGUCUGAUCAGGAAUAUGUGCCUCAAUGGAUUGUGUAUCAAUGAAGAUGGCAGCUUCAAGUGCAUCUGUAAACCUGGAUUCCUGCUGGACACUAGUGGACGCAUGUGUGUAGACAUUGACGAGUGUGAGACUCCAGGAAUGUGUAUGAACGGCCACUGCCUCAACACGGAGGGAUCCUUCCGCUGUGAGUGUAUGGCCGGGAUGGCUGUUGGCCUGGAUGGACGGGUCUGUGUUGACACGCAUAUGCGCAGUUCUUGUUAUGGUGGCUACAAGCGAGGGCAGUGUGUUAGGCCUUUAUUUGGAGCUGUGACCAAGUCGGAGUGCUGCUGCGCCAGCACAGAGUACGCCUAUGGAGAACCAUGCCAACCCUGCCCACCACAAAGCUCUGCUGAGUUCCUGGCUCUGUGCCCCAAUGGGGGUGGCAUAACUGGUGAUGGAAGAGACAUAAACGAGUGUGCACUCGACCCUGACAUAUGCCAGAAUGGCGUGUGUGAGAAUAUGUUGAGGACCUUCAAAUGUGCCUGCAAUGAAGGAUUUGAAGUAGACCUGACGGGCAAAAACUGUGUUGAUAUUGACGAGUGUCUGAUGAACAGACAGCUGUGUGAAAACGGUCUGUGCAGGAACACACCUGGCAGUUUCACCUGUCAGUGCCCCAAAGGAUACCAGUUUGAUCCUGAGACAGACAUCUGCAAGGAUGUGGAUGAAUGUCUGUCUAGCCCGUGUAUUAAUGGAGACUGUAUGAACAGCCCAGGCUCCUAUGUGUGUUUGUGUACACUCGGCAGUUCUCUGGACAGCUCUGGACUGGAGUGUAUCGAGACAACUAAGAGCACAUGCUGGUUGAAGAUAGUGAAUGAUCGCUGUGAGGUCAACAUCAAUGGGGCGACUCUGAAGUCACACUGCUGCGCUACGCUUGGAGAGGCCUGGAACAGCCCGUGUGCCAAAUGUCAAAAAGAUCCAAUCUGUGGUAAAGGCUUAGCUCGAGUGAAAGGAAAUGUCUGUGAAGAUGUGGAUGAGUGUCAAGUGUUUCCCGGAGUGUGUAUCAAUGGAAAGUGCAUCAACACGCCAGGCUCCUUCUUCUGCCAGUGCCCUCCUGGAAUGACUGUGGAUGUCAGUGGCAGGACGUGCAUUGACCUGCGUACAGAGCAGUGUUACCUCACCCACGAGGACGAGCGCUGUGGGACUCCUAUCUCAGGGAAGCACCGUGUGGACGCCUGCUGCUGCUCGGUGGGUGUAGCCUGGGGCCCCGAGUGUGAUGAAUGUCCUGAGAAGGGAACUCCGGACUACACCCAGCUCUGUCCUCGAGGCCCAGGCUUCUCACACAGGGGCGACUUCAUCAACGGCAGACCCUUCCUUAAAGAUAUAAAUGAGUGCAGGAUGAUAAACACCCUCUGCUCGAAUGGAAGGUGUAGAAACACAAUCGGGAGCUUCCGCUGUCGCUGUGAUAACGGCUACGCCCUGGACUCGGAUGAGAGAAAUUGCACUGACAUCGACGAGUGCCGCAUCUCCCCGGACCUGUGCGGACAAGGCAGGUGUCUUAACACACCAGGAGAUUUUGAAUGCGAGUGCUUCGAAGGCUAUGAAAGUGGCUUCAUGAUGAUGAAGAAUUGCAUGGACAUCGAUGAGUGUGAGAGAAACCCUCUGCUGUGCCGUGGAGGUGAAUGUAAAAACACGGAGGGCAGCUUCCGGUGCAUUUGCCCUGAAGGACACGAGAUCGCCACUGAUGGUUCGGCCUGUCUAGAUAUUAAUGAAUGUGAGUUGAGCGACAGGCUGUGCAGGAACGGCCAAUGUGUCAACAUGAUCGGUCGCUACCAGUGUACCUGUGACACAGGAUACAAAUCUACUGAGAACAGACUGGAAUGUGUCGACAUUGACGAGUGCACUAUAGAGAACGGUGGCUGUGAGACUUUCUGCACCAACUCAGAGGGAAGCUAUGAAUGCAGCUGCCACAGCGGAUACGCCUUGAUGCCGGAUCUGAGAAGCUGCACUGAUAUCGAUGAGUGUGAGGAGAGCCCAGAAAUCUGCGAUGGUGGCCAGUGUACCAACACCCCAGGGACGUACCAGUGUCUGUGCUUUGACGGUUUCAUGUCAUCAGAGGAUAUGAAGACUUGCCUGGAUGUGGACGAGUGUGAGUUGAACCCAAACAUCUGUCUGAGUGGGAACUGUGAGAACACAAAGGGAUCCUUCAUCUGUCACUGUGAACUGGGAUACUCUGUACGCAAGGGCACCACAGGCUGCACAGAUAUCAAUGAGUGUGAGAUCGGAGCCCAUAAUUGUGACAGGCAAGCCACAUGCACCAACACAGCUGGAAGCUUCAAAUGUAACUGUGCUCCAGGGUGGAUUGGCAACGGCCUCAAAUGCACAGACCUGGAUGAGUGUUCCAAUGGGACACACAUGUGCAGCAACAACGCUGAGUGUCUGAACACCAUGGGUUCAUAUCGCUGUUCAUGCAAGGAAGGAUUCUCUGGAGAUGGAUUCUACUGCUCAGACAGCGAUGAGUGUGCAGAGAACGGCAACCUGUGUGAGAGCGGCCACUGUCUUAAUCUGCCUGGAGGAUACCGCUGUGAAUGUGACAUGGGCUUCAUCCCCACUGUGGACGGCAAAGCCUGUGAAGACAUAGAUGAAUGUACCUUUGCUGACAUCUGUGUCAAUGGACGCUGCAGGAACAUCCCAGGGCUUUUUAGAUGUGAAUGUAACAUCGGUUAUGAACUUGACAGGAGUGGAGGCAACUGCACAGAUAUCAAUGAGUGUAUAGACCCGACCAUCUGUAUUAAUGGAAUCUGUGUCAACAUCCCUGGAAGCUACCACUGUAACUGCCCUGCAGACUUCGAACUCAACCCCACACGAGUGGGCUGUGUAGACACUCGCUCUGGAAGCUGCUACCUGGAUGUUCGUUCACGAGGUGAUGCAUCAGAGAGCUUGGACUGCUCCAAUGAGAUCGGAGUUGGCGUUUCCAAGGCGUCUUGCUGCUGUUCCCUGGGCCAGGGCUGGGGAAAUCCAUGUGAAAAUUGCCCGUCCGUCAACUCUACUGAGUACAAGACGUUGUGUCCUGGAGGAGAAGGUUUCAGACCAAAUCCCAUCACAGUCAUCUUAGAAGACAUCAAUGAGUGCCAGGAGCUGCCCGGCUUGUGCCAGGGAGGCAAGUGCAUCAACACCUUUGGCAGCUUCCAGUGUGAAUGUCCGAGAGGAUACGCCCUCAACGCAGAGACCAGAGUCUGUGAAGAUGUCGAUGAGUGUGAACGACCAGGCAUCUGUGGCCCAGGCGAUUGCUACAACACCAUCGGGAACUACACCUGUAUCUGCCCUGUGGACUACAUGCAGGUCAACGGAGGAAACAACUGCAUGGACAUGAGGAAGAGCUACUGCUACAGGAACUUCUACACAGACAACGGCACAUGUGACGGAGAGCUGACCUUCAACAUGACCAAAAAGAUGUGCUGCUGCUCCUACAACAUUGGCCGUGCAUGGAAUAAACCCUGUGAACGCUGUCCUGUGCCCAGCACUGAUGAUUUUGCGAUCCUGUGCGGUAGCGAAAGACCCGGAUAUUACAUCGACAUCACCACUGGACGUGUCAUUGACAUUGAUGAGUGCAGGGAAAUCCCAGGUGUGUGUGAGAACGGAGUGUGCAUCAACAUGGUCGGCAGCUUCAGGUGUGAAUGCCCCAUUGGCUUCUUCUACAACGACAAGCUGCUGAUAUGCGAAGAUCUUGAUGAGUGUCAGAAUGGACCAAUGUGCCAGCAGAAUGCAGCCUGUCUGAACAUGCCUGGAAGCUACCGCUGCGAGUGUAAACCUGGAUAUCGCCUCACCUCCACUGGACAGUGUCUGGACCGUAAUGAAUGCAUUGAGAGCCCUGGUGUAUGUAAUCCUGGUCAGUGCAUUGACAUGCUGGGGAGCUACCGCUGCAUCUGCCCCAAUGGCUUCAAACCAACAAGAGACCAGUCGAUGUGUGUGGACGUGGACGAGUGUGAGAGACAACCCUGUGGAAACGGGACGUGCAAGAACACAGUGGGCUCCUACAACUGUCUCUGCUACCCCGGCUUCGUCAACUCACACAACAGUGACUGCAUAGAUGUAGAUGAGUGUUCCACGCAGAGGGGCUUGUGUCGAAACGGCCAGUGUGUGAACACCGUGGGCACCUUCCUGUGUGUGUGCAAUGACGGCUAUGAGCUCACUUUAGACGGCAGGCUUUGUGCAGAUAUAAAUGAAUGUGCCGUGAAUCCGGGCACAUGUGGCGCAGGAACUUGUCUGAAUCUGGACGGCUCCUACAGGUGUAUCUGCCCGCCGGGCUACUAUCUCCAUGAGGAAACUUGUGAAGAUAUCGAUGAGUGCUUCCUGUCUCCGGAGAUCUGCACAUUUGGAACCUGCUCCAACACUGAAGGAAGCUUCACAUGCUUGUGUCCCGACGGCUUCCAGAUCUCUGACUCCGGACGCAGAUGUUUAGAUAUCCGGGUGAACUACUGCUAUACCAAGUUUGAAAAUGGCCGCUGCCAGGCUCCAAAGCCUCAGAACACGUCAAAGGAAGUGUGCUGCUGCACUGGAAUGCCCGGUCAAGGCUGGGGAGACCCCUGUGAAAUCUGCCCCACUAAAGGAGAGGAAGGGUAUCCUCUUCUCUGUAAAAAUGAGGGAUAUCAACGGGGAAAAGACGACCAUCAAAAAGAUGUCGAUGAAUGUCUCAAUAACCCUUGCACAAACGGUCAGUGCAUCAACACAGACGGCUCUUUCCGGUGUGAAUGUCCCAUGGGAUACCGUUUGGACAUAAGAGGAGUCACAUGUGAAGGCAGGUUUUGCCACUGUUCUGUCUCUUUAAAUAUCCACUUGGUUGAUAUUGAUCUAACUCUUAACAUGCUUAUUUGGAUGUGUGCGACUUUCUUCGAUACAGACACAAACGAGUGUGAGAUUGGAAAUCCCUGCGGCAACGGCACGUGCACAAAUGUCAUUGGUGGCUUUGAGUGUGCAUGUGACGACGGAUUUGAGCCCGGGCCAAUGAUGACCUGUGAAGAUAUCAACGAAUGCGCCCAGAAUCCUCUCCUGUGCGCCUUCCGCUGUGUUAAUGUGGUCGGCUCAUACGAGUGUAAAUGUCCCACCGGCUAUGUGCUGCGUGAGGACAGGAGGAUGUGUAAAGAUCAGAACGAGUGUGAGGACGGUAUAGAUGACUGUGCCAGCAGAGGCAUGACCUGCAAGAACCUGAUUGGUACAUACAUGUGCAUCUGCCCCCCUGGAUACACACGCUCGCCCGCUGGGGAUGGCUGUAUGGAUCUGAACGAGUGUUCAGCCAAACCAGCGAUCUGUAAGAACGGCCGCUGCGUGAACUCAGUGGGAAGCUACCGCUGCAACUGUGACAAUGGAUUCGUGGCUAACCCUACGCAGACUGAAUGUAUUGAUAACCGUGAAGGCUUCUGUUUCACUGAAGUUUUGACCACUCUGUGCCAGAUGACCUCUAGUAACAGGAACAUGGUGACCAAGUCAGAGUGUUGCUGUGAUGGAGGCAGAGGCUGGGGCUCAAACUGUGAGCUCUGCCCCCUGCCCGGGACCACCCAGUACAAGAAGAUGUGUCCUCUUGGACCUGGGUACACCACAGAUGGCAGAGAUAUUGAUGAGUGUCGUGUGAUGGGGAACUUGUGCAAAAACGGUCAGUGUAUCAACACUUUGGGCUCUUACAGCUGCACCUGCAAACCUGGCUACACCAAUGACAUCAGCAGCACACUGUGUGUGGAUGUGGACGAGUGCAUACAGGCACCAAAGCCUUGUAACUUCAUCUGUAAGAACACAGAGGGAGGCUAUCUCUGUUCCUGCCCCCGUGGAUACAUCCUACAGGAAGAUGGGAAGAGCUGCAGAGAUCUGGAUGAGUGCUCGACCAAACAGCAUAACUGUCAGUUCCUUUGUGUUAACACCAUCGGUGGUUUCACCUGCAAAUGUCCUCCUGGCUUCACCCAGCAUCACACCGCCUGCAUCGACAACAAUGAAUGUGCAUCGGACCCCAAUCUGUGCGGCUCCAACGGUGUCUGCCAGAACACUCCGGGAAGCUUCAAUUGCGACUGCCAGCGGGGAUUCUCAUUAGAUCCAAACGCACAAACCUGUGAAGAUACGGACGAGUGUGAUGGAAACCACAGGUGUCAGCAUGGCUGUCAGAACCUGGUGGGCGGAUACAGGUGCAGCUGUCCACAAGGCUACCUUCAGCACUACCAGUGGAACCAGUGUGUGGAUGAGAACGAGUGCACGAACAGCCAGAUCUGCGGUGGAGCAUCAUGCCAUAACACCCUGGGGAGCUUCCGCUGCCUCUGCCCCACCGGCUUCAACUACGAGCAGACGAACGGAGGCUGCAGCGAUGUCAAUGAGUGCUCCACCAGCCAGAACCCCUGCAAGUUUGGCUGCUCCAACACAGACGGGGGCUACCUCUGUGGAUGUCCGACAGGAUACUUCCGCGCUGGACAAGGGCACUGUGUCACAGGUCUGGGAUUAACGGGUAGCGGCUCCAGCCCUGGAGAGGGAGGUGAAGAGGACGAGAAUUCCCUCUCUCCUGAGGCCUGCUAUGAGUGUAAGAUCAAUGGGUAUCCCAAGAAGGGACGUAAACGUCGCAGUGCAGGCUCAACACAGGAGGACCCUCAGGAGGACCCUCAGGAAGACCUGCAGCUGACCGAGGAGAGGGUCAGCCUGGCCAGCGUGGACAUCGAGGACACCCUACAGUUCCACCUGAACGUCAGCGACCUGAGUACCCGUGAUCACAUCCUGGAGUUCACCCCUGCCUUAUCCACCCUCGAGGACCAUGUGCGCUACAACAUCGACUACGGGAACGAUGAAGGCUACUUCAAGAUCAACCAGAGAGAGGGCGUCAGCUUCCUACAUCUGAACAAGAAGAAGGCCCUCCCACCCGGGGCAUACUUCCUACAGAUCAGCAGCAUGCCUCUCUACAGGAAGAAGGAGCUGGCUGAGCUGGAGGACCAACACGAUAAAGACUACCUCACAGGACAGCUGGGAGACGUACUGAAGAUGAGGGUGCAGAUCAUCCUCCAUUAACCGUCACAAGACUGAGGCGGGCAGAUGUUGCCAUUAGCUGCUGAUCCAACGUCAGGCUCACACUUCCCCAGAGGCAAAACAUCUCUGACUCUGGAUCAGUGGUUUGAGGUGACUUCUACUUGCUCCUACAAGGAGAAGAGCUCGCCACCAAAGAGACAAGGGGACGGGGGGAGGGACUGCAUCAUUUGAUUGCCAAAGAUGAUUCUACAUAUCAUAGAUACAAGUUCUAGGCAAAUGCCAGCUGAGUGGGGCAGUAUGAAAGAUUUCAGUCAAAUGAAGAGUCCUGACACGCGACAUGAGCGGUGGGAAGCACUAUUUAGAGUGUGAAUGGCUUUUUAAAUGUAGGGUUUAAUGUUGUACGAUGAUAUGUGGAAUCAGGUGCCACUUUGAAGGGCAUGAGGACUGCAGGAAGCUCUAAAAAAUGGUUUGUUUUUUUUAGAACUCAAUGUAGGUGGAAUAAAAGGGUAGGUCCCAAUAGUCUAAAUAAAUUCAUUUCCUCCCCUCAGGUGAAUGACUGCACAAACCUGGAUCAAUGAAAGUCAGCUCAUUUUUCCUUCCCCAGAUGUUAAUUUAUGGAGUGAAAAUUUGAAGAAAAAAACAAAAAAAGGUAUACAAAUGCUAAGGAGAGGAAAGGAACCCACUAUGGACUAUUGAGAUGCAGCCACGUCUGAGCUUGAAUGACUCCUACUGCAUAUUUAACUAUGCUUUUCCAUCUUUUCUACUGACUAGAAUAUUUCAUAUUUACUGGUGCUAGCAACACGACCACAUAGACUUCUGAAUGCACUGUACUACUAUACAAAACUCUGUAGUCAACAAGAUACAAUCCCAUCGGCCAUUCUGAAGAUGUCACGUCUUUGCAACAGUAACAGCUAGCUUCAUCGCCUGAGCGCUCUCCUCUAUAGUACAUGUAAAUUGUGUUUAUACUGUAAUAAUCAAUGCCACUUUUAAUCUAUGAAGCAUUUGUAAACUCUAGGAAGCCCCUGGAAAAGAGGGGUUUGUAAUGGUGCUUAUAAUGACCAACUACUUCCUUUGUAAACUGUAUACAUACACACACCUGCACACACACACAAAACACACAUUGAUGAUGCCAAACCUGGGCCUUCAUGAUUAUGCACUGAGGUCUUUGUGGCCACACAUUCUCUCACAAGUACAAUCAGUGCUGCAUUGCCACAGACCUGCCUGACACCAGUCUGUGUUCUCUGUUCACAUCAGUGAGGGUUUAGUUGUACAUUCACAAUAAAAACAUAUUUUUGGUG